AAACCACCUGAAGGCCCUUCUUCUACUAUCUGCUUUCACACUCUUUCACUCUCACUCAUUACGACGCCGCGAGAACCAUAACAUGCUGGACAUCAACCUAUUCCGGGAAGAAAAGGGUCACAACCCCGAACUCAUCCGGGAAUCCCAACGCCGUCGUUUCGCCAGCGUCGAAGUCGUCGAUGAAAUCAUCAAUCUCGACAAAGAAUGGCGAAAACGCCAAUUCGAGUUGGAAAAUCUCCGCAAAGAAGUCAACAAGAUCAACAAAGAAGUUUCCAAACUCAAGCGUGCUGGUGAAGAUGCAACCAAGCUCAUUGCUGAUUCUGAAGAGACUAAGAAGAAGAUAGCUGAGAAAGAGGUCGAGGCUCGGGAAACCCUAAGCCUUUUGAAUUCCAAAUUGGAAACUAUUGGAAACCUCAUCCAUGAUUCUGUUCGAGUCGACAAUGAUGAGGCCAAUAAUGAAGUGAUUAGAACAUGGGGGGAGAAAAGGGUUGAGCCUAAACUCAAGAAUCAUGUGGAACUAGUUGACCUACUUGGGAUAGCUGAUUUGAAGAAAGGAGCUGAUGUAGCUGGAGGUAGAGGUUACUACCUCAAAGGAGAUGGUGUUCGUCUUAAUCAAGCUCUAAUCAACUUUGGGCUUGAGUUUUUAGAGAAAAGGGAAUAUACUUUAUUACAAACUCCUUUCUUCAUGAGAAAAGAUAUGAUGUCCAAGUGUGCUCAAUUAGCUCAAUUUGAUGAAGAACUUUAUAAGGUAACUGGUGAAGGAGAUGAUAAAUAUCUGAUUGCAACAGCAGAGCAGCCACUUUGUGCAUAUCAUAUAGAUGAUUGGAUCCACCCUACCCAGCUACCCCUAAGGUAUGCUGGAUAUUCUUCUUGCUUUAGGAAAGAAGCUGGAUCUCACGGUCGAGAUACUCUAGGAAUAUUCCGAGUUCACCAAUUUGAGAAAGUGGAACAGUUUUGUAUUACUUCCCCAAAUGACAAUGAUUCAUGGGACAUGCAUGAGGAAAUGCUUAAGAACUCUGAGGAGUUUUACAAGGCGUUGAACAUUCCAUAUCAAAUUGUUUCCAUUGUAUCUGGGGCUUUAAAUGAUGCUGCAGCAAAGAAGUAUGAUCUUGAAGCAUGGUUUCCAGCUUCUCAAACUUACAGAGAGUUGGUAUCCUGUUCAAAUUGUACAGACUACCAGGCCAGAAAAUUAGAAAUUCGAUAUGGUCAGAAAAAGAGCAAUGAGCAGUUGAAGCAAUAUGUUCAUUUGUUGAACUCUACUCUCACUGCUACUGAAAGGACCAUUUGCUGCAUACUAGAGAACAACCAAAAGGAGGAUGGGGUAGAGAUACCAGAAGUCCUCAGGCCAUUCAUGGGUGGAAAGACUUUCCUACCCUUCAAGAACCAACCGAGUAGUGAAACCAAAGGGGCAUUGAAACAUGUUCAAUUUAAUCGAGCUGCUCAUAUACUAAAUUCAGUUAUGAAUUUCAUUGGAAAGAGGAAUGCAGUCUGGAAAAUUGGGACUAGGAUAUUCAAUGUAUUGUAGUAGGAAGGGAAUGGGGUGUGGCUUUGUUUGGUGGCCAGCCAUAUGGCUGGUUCUUUACAUGGUUACAUUAGAGUUAUAAUGCCUAGUUUUACAACUAAGGUUAUAUAUUAUACGGAUAGUUUUUUCAACUGCGAUAGUUGAUUUUACCCUAAACCUUUGCACGAUUCCUAUGUGGUCAAAGACUGCAAAUCUUUCAAAAAUUGCUUAAAUUAUUCAAAA